AUGUCUACAACACUUGUGCUGCCCGGUGACUCCAUCCCUCUACCUUCAUCUUCCAAAUCAGUAGUUCUUGGACCUGGUCUAGCAGCCUCCUCUUCACGUAUCCCAGCACCCUCCUUUGAUGAGGUCCCCUCAGUCAUAUCAACUAAAUUGGGAUUGAUGAGCUCCGCAAAAGGCAAAGAAAGGAGCGAGCAGUUCUGGGUUGAAGGCAGGUCGAAAAGGUAUAUACCCGCUCAAAAAGAUAUGGUCCUCGGAACAAUCAUAGCCCGACAUGCUGAAGGGUAUAGAGUCGAUUUGGGUUCAUCGCAGAUGGCUCAGCUAGAUGGAUUGGCUUUCGAGGGUGCAACGAAGAGAAGUAAACCUAAUCUUAAAGUCGGAACCUUUGUGUACGCCCGAGUAGCUCUUGCGAACAGAGAUAUGGAGCCUGAGAUAGAAUGUUUCGAUCCUAACACAGGUAAAGCAGAAGGUUUCGGUGAACUGAAAAACGGUUUGGUGGUAUCGUGUUCGCUUCAACUAUGUCGACAUCUGCUCAAUCCCAAAUUCAUCGUUCUCCCGACUUUAGCUGCUACAAUCCCUUUCGAGAUCGCGGUGGGCCUAAAUGGCAGAGUGUGGUUCAAGACUGAAACUGUAUCGGAAUCAAUAGCACUCAAGAGAGUCAUCGAAGGUGUGGACAGUGGGGACAUCAAACCUGAAAAGGGUGAAGUAGAUCGCGCGGUAAAGGAGUAUCUCGCUUAG